AUGUCACCUAGCAAGUUUUGUUUGACGCAGACAGCGGCAAGCUUUUCCCCUCAUGAAGAGAGUCGGGUAAACCUUGGCAAGCUUCAGCUUCAAGCUGCCAUGGUUGGCAGACACAAUACUGCCAGUCUUUUCGGCUUUGCCGUAGAACAAAUGGUGCUGAAGGCAACCGACCUGUUCCCAGAGCUUGGCGAGGUUCCAGCUGCACGUAGUAGUAGGAGUGAAUCUCUGCGGAGCCUGCCGGCCAAGCAACCAACAAGGCUUAGGCCCAUCUCAGUCCUCAUGCGCCGCAGCGUCCCAGUGUGUUGCAGGGAUUUGUGCCUUGACCUGGAGUAG